AUGGACCUUUCUGCUACAUGGGUCGGUAGUCCUUACUAUGUCGUCCCAGAAGUGUUACGGAAGCAUUAUGGUCCAGAAUGUGAUGUUUGGAGCGCUGGGGUAAUCAUUUAUAUUUUACAUAGUGGAGUGCCCCCAUUUUGGGAUGAAUUGGAGCAAGGAAUAUUUGAGCAGGUUUUAAGGGGAGAACUCGAUUUUAUCUCUGAACCAUGGCCUAGCAUAUCUGAAAGUGCAAAGGAUCUUGUUCGAAGAAUGCUUGUAAGGGACCCUAAGAAGCGGCUUACGGCCCAUGAAGUUCUUAAUGUCGAUAAUAGUGGACAGAUCACUCUUGAGGAACUAAAGAAUGGUUUGGAAAAGGUAGAUGCAAAUCUCAAGGAUUCCGAAAUAAGUGGACUAAUGCAAGCGGUAAGUAAUGAUUCUGAUUUAGGGAACUAUGCUAUGGGUCUUGGAGACACCAUCAAAGAUCAAAAUACUGAAACAAAACAAAAUAAGGCCAAGGCUAUGAUUUUCCUUCGCCAUCAUCUCCAUGAGGGUUGUAGUCGUGAUCAUAAUCGAAGUAAUAGACGUGGUCGUGACCAUAAUCAAAGUCGUGGUCGUGGUCGCGAUCGCGGUCGAAGCAAUGUUUGGCAUCGUAAUGGUCAAAAUAAAAAUUCAUAUACUCCAAUGAAAAGCACAACUACUGAGAACAAGGGAAAAUGUCCUCAAAAUAAUAAUCAUAGAAAUUCUGAAAAUUUAUGUUCCAGAUGUGGAAUAAAAGGACACUGGGCACGUGCCUGUCGUACGGCAAAACACCUUGUUGAUCUUUAUCAAGCAUCCGUGAAAGGAAAGGAGAAAAUAGAAGCAAAUUUUGCCUAUCAAGAUGAUGGUUUUCUCAAAGAGCCUUUGGAUAUUACACACUUAGAUGUUGCAAAUUUUUUUAAUGAAGAUCUCAUUAAUAACAACAUGAAUAUCGAUAAUGGAGAUGUGAAUGUCCACAAUUAG